AUGUUGUUGCAAGAAUAUCGAAUAUGUUUACCGCUGACUGUAGAAGAAUAUCGAGUUGGUCAGUUAUACAUGAUAUGCAAGCAUUGUGAAGAAGAGAGUAUGAGAGAUGAAGGUGUUGAAGUUGUUAAAAAUGAACCUUGCAAUGAUGAACAAUACGGAAGCGGCCAAUGUACGGAGAAAAGAUUAUAUUUAUCAAGUCGUUUACCGAGUUGGAUUCGAUCAUUUAUACCAAACCUCUUUUAUAUCACUGAGAAAGCUUGGAAUUAUUAUCCAUAUACAUGUUCAUUUUUGCCUCGUUUUUCAAUUGUGGUUGAAACAAAAUAUGAAGAUAAUAAUGGAACAACUGAUAAUUGCCAUAACCUAUCGGAAGAAGAAGUACAAAAUCGUAAAUUAGAAUUCCUUGAUAUUGUUGCUGACCAUGUUCCUGAACAUAAAUACAAAUUAUCUGAAGAUCCUACCAAAUUCAAGUCGAAGAAAACAGGACGAGGGCCAUUGACACCAGAUUGGAUACAAACAUUUAAGCCCAUUAUGUGUGCCUAUAAAAUCGUUCGUGUUCGAUUCGAAGUAUGGGGAUUGCAGACUAGAUCAGAGGAUUUUAUACAGCGGACUGUUCGUGAUAUACUACUAUUAGCCCAUCGCCAAGCGUUUACAUGGAUGGACGAAUGGUAUGAUAUGUCAAUGGAGGAAGUGAGAAAAUACGAACAAGAAAUGUUUCAGACGACUAAUAAGAAAGUGAUGCAUUCAGCAGGAUCAGUAAAUUCAGUCCAUUCGACCACAAUGUCUGUUCAUGAAUGA